AGUUUUCUUAAGUGGUUAAUUUCCUGAAGCAUCUUGGUACCAAAAGGUGCGAUUGCGAUGUGAUAUAGGCGAUUUCACAUCUUAACUUAUUGAUUGUAAAUUUGUUGAAUUUUGCAGCAGAAGAAGGAAGGAGGAAAAGGAUGGAAGAUGAAUCAGCAGCGAGCAAGUGUGAUUUUUCGAAUGAUUCCAGUUGCUCCUGCCCAAUCUGCCUGGGACCGUUAAUUCAAGUUUCAUACCUCGACCACUGUUUUCAUAAGUUUUGCUUCAAUUGCAUUUUACGCUGGACCAACGUCGUUUCUGGUAACCACCGUACUCCAAUUUCUUCUGUAAAAUGCCCCCUUUGUAAGAGAGAUAAUUUUUCUAUCAUAUAUGGAGUUGAUGGAACUUGCUUUCAACGCCAUUAUGUAAAUGCUAAUGUUGAAGAUUGUUUUAUCUUAUCCAGAGCACACAGAUAUAGAUUACAAUGCUAUUAUACUGAACAAGGUUUCUUAGAAGACAUAUUCAAUAUAUUGCAAUAUUGGAAAUCUUGUAAGUAUAAUCAGCCAAACAACUGGCUUCAAAGUUGGUUAACAAGGGAAAUUCAAGCCCUUACCCAGGAGGAGGAUGUUGACAUCAUUGUCCACCAUAUCUUUGGUGUGGUCAAAGCAUUAUGGACAAGAGAGCAGAAGUCAGGCAUAAAUGUACCUGAAAAUAAACAGGAGGAGUUCAAGAUGUCAGUCUCUGAAGCAGCAAGGCCUUUUCUGGGAGCAAGAACGGACAGAUUUGUGUAUGAAAUUCAACUAUUUCUUGCUUCAGGAUUGAAUAUUGAAGCUUAUGACGCAGUAUACAUUCAACGAUUAGGUUGGAGCUCACCAGGGGUAAACACUGAAGUUUCUCAAAAUGAAUUGAUUGAUCGAUCUACUGUGAUUCCAUACCUGUACAUAUUUGAUGAUGACUCUGAUGGAAAUGAGUAGAUUCCUUUUUUUUUCUCCCAUAUUUUUCUCAUUUGUUGUUGUAAUUCUUGGAUAAAGGGAUUACUCCUCAAAUGGCACAGGAGUAAAUUUUAUAUAUAUCAGAGUGCGUUAUUGAGGGGUUGGAUCCUCUCUAGCUACAUUGCAAUUUUCCGUCCAAGGGCCUGAAGUUAUUAACAUAUACUUUUAAUGGAUAUUUAUUAUUAUGUAUUAAAAAAAUUCAUUGUCUAGAUCGUAUGAUGUUCUAACAA